CUAUAUGGGAGACCCUUCUUGCUCAACCACUGUCUUCCUACUGACCUUACUCUCCUGGCUACUUAUCUUCCAUACCUGUCUCUACUCAGGUAGCUGCUCUAGGGACAUGCUGACAGGUUUCUGCCCAGGCCAGAACCAGCUGACCAAGGCUCACGAGGACCACCCCUCCAGCCCGGGAACUCAGUUCUCCUUAAGAAUCUACACCCAAAGCCUUAGAACCCAGGUGGACGGGACAUCACAUAGUCAUCCUCACAACCCCCACCACGGCCAAACUACUUGGCGCUCCAUCGUGGCAUCGCCUCUCCAGACUCAAGAGGACCCCGGAGCAGCAUGACUUCUAUAAAUGUGAGGUGUUGGGCCCCACUAAGGUCCUCCUUAGUCGCUCUCCCCCUCCUCCUUCUGUUCCCAGGCCUGGGUAACCUACAUCCACCCCCUCCUACUUAUGUGUGGAGGUUCAAGGUCCAUGAAACCUAUGACCAGGACAGCACACAAGUCACCCGGCAGGUAGGAUCUCAGGACUGCCCUCUGGCCGGAUGCCAGGCAGAGAUCCUGAUUGCUGUUCACCUCCGGUCAGUGUCCAACAGUGGUCGACCAUAUGCCUGCUUUGCUUACGACCAGCGGAACCCAGACAGGUCUUUGCUGGCUGCUGUCCCACUCAUGACUUCUCCAGGAACCCAAGGACAAGGUGAGUGUCAGCCUCCCCUGGCUGGCAUUCCCCUCUGGGAACCCGAAACUCCACAACCCAGCUUGCCCCCGCGGAUAUGUUACCAGACCAGCAACCCGGUAACUGGGGGACGGAUCACCUGGAACUGUACCCAAAACCACACCGCAGCCAGUCCCACCAAGGCCAGCCCGGGUACCUUCUUUUGGUGCAACGGCACCGUAAGCAACUGCAUAAACUCCUCUGACCCCGGGCCUUGCUUCCUGGUCACAGCAGUUCCCCAACUAACCUUGUAUGGAGAGUCCGAGCUCGCCUGGCUGCUCCCUUCAUCGCACCCCCGAGCCCGCCGGGCCGCCUUCCUCCCUAUCAUGUUGGGGGUAAAUAUUGCUGCCUCAAUAGCCCUAGCUGGGAGGCCCCUGGGUAACAGCAUAAUCUCUGCUCAGGAUUUCAAUGACAAACUCCAGAUUGCCCUGGAGUCUACCACUAACUCCUUAGCUUCCCUGCAGCGGCAAGUAACAUCGGUAGCCCAAAUAGCCCUGCAGAACCGAAGGGCCCUAGACCUUCUCACUGCGGAAAGAGGAGGAACCUGCAUGUUCCUUCAAGAAGAAUGCUGCUACUACAUCAACGAGUCCGGAGUGGUGGAACAGGACGUGCAGACCCUGGCUAAGCUGAGUGAAGAAUUACGUGCAAGACACAACCAGGACAAUUCUCUUUUCGGCUGGCUCCAAAGCCCUUUCGCUACCUGGAUCCCACUCCUGAUAGGGCCCCUAAUUCUCAUCUGUCUCUUUUUUUUCCUAGCUCCCUGCCUCCUCAAAUUCAUCCGCUCCAGGAUUGCUGAAAUGUUUCGGGUGACUGUAAACCAGCUCCUGCUCCAUCCCUACACUCGGCUGCCCUUCAACUCCUCUCUGCCUGACCCUGGCCUUUAACAUUCCCCACCCUCUUCGCCCCUGGUCAGCAGGAAGUAGCCAGGAUGAUUUCAGCGCCCCCUAUCACCAAAAGGCUGGGAUGUUAGGUAGAGGCAGGAGGGAAGCCCAGAGCUGAUGCAAGCAUCUGCAAGGUAUUAUAGAUGGUGACAAAGAUAGCUGGCUAGCUUGUGCCUUCCUAGGGCCUUCCUAGACCCCUGGCCCUAGGCAGGAAUUCCACACC